AUGGACGAACCGGAGACCAGCCUCCAGCCACGGGAAACGACCUACCCGCUGAUCCAGGUGCAGCCCCGCCCCUCGGUGCCCCUGGAUGCGCUCCUCUCCCGUAGGCUUCAGAGACCCACUCCUCACGGCGAGCGGGAGCUGGUCUCAGUGUUUGUGGAGGAAGUGGAGUCUCCCUCAAAGUUCUACAUCCGCUUCAGCUCCACAGGAGAGGCCCGAGCCAUGGAGGAAAUGAUGAUCCAGAUGAGGCGCUGCUACACCUGCCCAGAGGUCUCCGCUCGGUACCGGUUGCCGCAGAGGUUUGUGCGUCGGGGUCAGGUGUGUUGUGUGUCUCCCAAAGGAAUGUGGUUCUACAGAGUUGUGAUCCACGCCGUGCUCAGUCCGACGUCUGUGGAGGUCUACUACGCCGACUUCGGAGCCAUCACCACCGUGCCGACCAGCGACCUCAAGUUCCUCAAGUCGUGUUACUCGGUGCUUCCUGCUCAGGCUGUUCCUGCUUCUUUGGUCGGAAUCAAACCUGCAAACGGGCAGUGGACCCCCCAGGACACUGAUACCUUCCAGCGCCUGUGCUGGGACCGGACACUAGUGGGCGCUCUGGACUCGUACAGCGGUGACAUUUUACUGCUGUAUCUGUGCGACACUCACACUGAGCAGGACGUGUAUCUGCACUCGGCCCUGAUCCAGAUGGGAGCAGGAGAGGCCUGCAGCACCGACUCCAGCCAAGAGUGCUGUGAUGUCACUCCCGUGAGCCUGUACCUGGGAGAGGGUCUGAUAGACCUGCCUGAGCUGGAACCUCUGGAGCUUCACCCCUUACAGCAGGAGGAGGAGGAGGUGCUGCCUGAUCUGGAGUACAUCGGAGGCUGUGACAUCACCUCCCCCCCUCACGCCUCACAGGCCCCUGACAGUUUUCCGGAAAGGGUCCUGAAACAGCUCCUCCUGAGCCAGGCCCCAGACCUGAGCCAGGCCCCAGACCUGAGCCAGGCCCCAGACCUAAGCCAGGCCCCAGACCUGAGCCAGGCCCCAGACCUGAGCCAGGCCCCAGACCUGAGCCAGGCCCCAGACCUGAGCCAGGCCCCAGACCUGAGCCAGGCCCCAGACCUGAGCCAGGCCCCAGACCUGAGCCAGGCCCCAGACCUGAUCCAGGCCCCAGACCUGAUCCAGGCCCCAGUGUCUGCUCUGUGUGACGCUGGAUACCACCAGCCUCCCCCGCCUCUGCUCCGGACCCUCAGCAUGCACACCCCCGACCUGGGCCAGAGACAGUCCAGCCAGUCAGGUUCCCCGGUGUCGCCGCUGGUGCUGUUCAAAGACCUGUUCCCGCUCUUUAAGCGACAGUAA